AUGCUGGUCUUCGAGAAUUAUCCCAGUGAAGGAGGCUUGACGCAGGAGAACACGACGCAGGCAGAGUGUGAGGUCUUCCAGCAUGAGUCCAUGCCCAUCACGGGUGCGGAGCUACCAUUGGUGGCGGUGAUCGUUCCGGAAGGUGUUGCCAAGGCUUCCAAGGGCAUGCAGCUCACGCUUCGCUUCGACGCCUCCAAGCAUUGCUCCUCCAUGGUCAGGUCACUGGCCCAGAAUCUGGAACUCCUCCUGGCCGCACAACAACGCUGGCCCAAGUGUUGUUGCGUCGAGCUCUUGGCGGCCUUGCCGAUCCUGCGGUGCUUUGAAGGAGCCGAUGGAAAGGGGUGGAGACGGACUGGAUCGAGCUCAAAAGUGCCACUGCGAGAGAUCGAGAAGACGGACCGUGAUGACACCCCGUCAAGAUCCCGGAUCACCUGGCUGGCUUCCACCCGUCGCGCCAUGGAGGAGAUGAGCGGGAUGGAUUGCACGGAUGGAGGCAUGGACAUUGCUCCAUUGGAGGCCGCUCCAUCCGCAGAGGUCUCAGAGCCAGGCUGUGAAGAGAAUGAGACUGCUCAACCAAUGGGGAGAGUCUUCAAAGCGAAAGAGGGAGAGGAAGAUGCAGAGCAGGAAGGAGCAAGGCUAGGAGGAUCUAUCGGCCUGCCUGAACAUGCGGAAGGCAAUGAGGAAGUGGAGGCUGAGGCCAUGAAAGAUGAUGAACCGGCGGAGGUGGCAGAGGAGCUGGAGAAAACUGCGGUGGAGGAGAAACCGAAGACUGCAGAAGAGGUGGAAGAGACCGCUGAGAGAGGAGAGGAUGAGGUUGCGGAUACUGAUGUAGAGGACACAGAGCAGGAUGAAGAAGUGAAAGAAACAGGAGAGGAAGCAGAUGAAGAAGAUCCUGCAGCCUCCUCCGCUGGCAUUGAGCAGAACAGGGCACUUGGGACCAGUUCUUCUGUUCCAACAUCAGAUUCACCACCCUGUACUCCACAAAGACCCGACUCGGCCGCGCCCAGCAUGGCUUUUACCCCUCAGAAGAUUGAUCUUGGGUUGUGCAUGGCACGCAUUUGGAACGGUGGCCAGGGCGGCCAAUGCUCUCUCCAGAAGCUGGGCGGCGACUUCUGCAAACGCCACCAGGAGAAAUGGACGGUGCAUGGUCGGGUGGAUGGUCCAAUCCCAGAAAAGAAGCUCAAAGAGUUUGAGAAAAGUCAAAAGAAGACCAGCAGACCGACCCGGACCGAUGAUCUCGGUGCCGCAUCCGGAAGGGAGCGAUGUGGUCCGAAACGGUCCAAGGUUGAAGGACGUGCUGAUUUCACCCAACCUGCCGGCAGCAAGCGACCGGAGGUGCUUUCGGAUGCAGAGACCACCGCUGAGGAGGAUCCACAAAAGAGGUCGCAUCUCAAGCGCAAAAGGGUGAACCCUAAGCCUCAGAAGGAGACCAAGUCGACCAAGACUAAGGCUUCAGAGUCCAAAAAGGCACGCAAAGAUGCCAAAGCCAAGACUUCCAAAGCUCCAAAGGUGAAACACCUGAAAUGCACCUGUGGAAAACCCUUCCACACCGAAAAGUGCCAACUCUUCCGUCCCAGCUUUCUCCACAGCCAACGCAGCCGCUUCUCGUCCGGCCGAGCGGGCCGGACGGCUUCGACGCGGAGCUCCGUGCCUUCGCCACGGAAGGGUUCGACUUCACCGUUGCCCCCUCCCUCCGUGCGCUUGUCUCGGGUGGCCAGCGAACAGGUGAGCCAGAUCAGCCGUGAGAUCGAACGACUCCCAAAGGAUCAGAGGAGAAGUGCUUGGAAGAAUCAGAUGCGAAUGUACCAUCCAGACAAGAAGUUGGCCUCGGCCAACCUGUCGGACGAGCAAAUGAAUGAGAUCUUUGUCGAGAUCAAGCGCCGCUAUGACUUUGCCGCGCGCCGGUCGGAGCAGGAAGCGAUGGACGCGCCGCUUCCCUUGGUGGUACCGCGGGCGCGGAGCUCACGCUUCCAGGUCAAGCUCUCGGAUUUCGUGCCCCAAGAUGUAGGCGAUGUCUUCGAAGCUGCCAAGAAUCUGGGCCAAAGCUUCAGUCGCCUAGCACAGGCGGAAGCAGUGACGGUGGUGGUGCAGUCAUCGCUCCUGGCUGAAGCUUUGGGUCUUUCAGGGCCUCUCCCUUUGCGAGUGGAUCGUGACGGAAAGGAGAGCAUCCAGCCAAGUGCUGAUGUGGUGAAGGCCAGUGGAAGAGGAAACUGCCUCUUGGAAGCCUUGAAGGUUUGGCGGAGAAAGUUGGAUUUGAUGCCUAGCAGAUCAGGCCAUGGGUGCAGACCUUUGAUCUUCCUGGGAGAGCGUGGUAAGUGGCUGGAAGAUGUAGAGGUCUUCAUCGGCUAUGUGUGGUCCUCCAGUGAGGUGUGGCUCUACGGUGAAGACGAGAACUUUGGGGCGCUUCUGCUCAGCUGCUUGCAAGGCGCACUGUGCAUCGAGGACAGCGGCUGUGGAAGAGAGGACCACUGUGGAAGGGGAUAUGAUGGGACUACUUUAGGGGAUGAGUGUCCCAUGGCGUCCAUGAGUCGAGUGACUUGCCAAGAAGCAAUAUCAGAGUCUGCCCCCAUGGCGACGCCGUCCAAGCGACCACUCCCACGACACCGUCCACACAUGCAGGUGAGACAUUUCCGCCUCCAAGUGUGA